CGAGGAUUCUCUAUCGUCACACUCACAGGGAGGGAGAGCUAGAUUUUUUUAUUUUAUCCGAGUGGAGGGAGCAGCAAUGGCGACAACGAAGCUCGACCACAAAUAAGAACGGGGAACGCCACGUACGCAAUCCGAAGCGAAGCGGAGAUAUGGGAAAUCCGACGUGGCCCAAUAAUGUAUCCCCUGGAAGCUUUCUCAAGCCAAUGCGAAUCCAUCUCCAGAUUCUUCUGCCUUGUCCAUCCCAUCUUCUACCCAUUCUCAUUCAUAAACUCUCACGACCCCUUUGUAUCAGCCACUCAAAGUCCAUUCAUUCUCUCUGUUCCCUUUCUCAUUUCUUUCAAUCCUUCGUUUCGACCGGGAACAAUGGCGGCAAACUCAGCGAUGAGCAGCGGCGGCCUCGCCAUCGCCUUCCCGUCUCUCCUCUCUUCCUCCAGGUCCAAAUUCGCCUCCUCCGUCCCCCUCCCGGCCAUCGCCUCUUCCGGCCGGGUCGUCAUGUCCGCCGAAUGGAUGCCCGGCCAGCCCCGGCCCGCCCACCUCGACGGCUCUGCCCCCGGUGACUUCGGGUUCGACCCGCUAGGUCUGGGUACGGUCCCGGAGAACCUGGAGCGGUUCAAGGAGUCGGAGCUGAUCCACUGCCGAUGGGCCAUGCUCGCCGUCCCGGGGAUUCUGGUCCCGGAGGCGUUGGGCCUGGGGAACUGGGUGCAGGCCCAGUCGUGGGCGGCGGUGCCGGGCGGUCAGGCCAGCUACUUGGGCCAGCCGGUUCCGUGGGGAACCCUGCCGACCAUACUGGUGAUCGAGUUCCUGUCAAUCGCGUUCGUGGAGCACCAGCGGAGCAUGGAGAAGGACCCGGAGAAGAAGAAGUACCCCGGCGGCGCGUUCGACCCGCUCGGCUUCUCCAAGGACCCGAAGAAGUUCGAGGAGUACAAGCUCAAGGAGAUCAAGAACGGCCGGCUGGCGUUGCUGGCGUUCGUCGGGUUCUGCGUGCAGCAGUCGGCGUACCCGGGGACCGGCCCGCUGGAGAACUUGGCGACUCACUUGGCGGAUCCGUGGCACAAGAACAUCGGCGAUGUUCUUAUCCCCUUCAAUUGAAUUGAAUCGAAUCGAAGUGAACCAACGUCCUCCAUCGGAAUUUAGCUAGUGGUUUUUGUCCGCCGUCGUCGGAUAUGUAUAAUUCCCGUCCAUAUCAAUCAACACCGCAUUCCCACCCUGUAAAAUUCACACCUGUUAACAACUUUGUCCGGAGAUUUCAAUAGAGUGAAUGAAUCUCUCUGCCCUUUGGAUAUACAGUACAUGGUGUGUUUUGGGUCAAGGAUCUGCUACUGCAUUUCCUGUAAACAUAAACAUGAACAUGAACUGAUAAACAUAAAGCUUCAUAAUUUCUGAGAAAGCAAAACAAAACAAGACCUUCAAUCUUCUGAGAGGCGCAUGUUCCAAUUCAUCUGUAUAAAAACUUAAUUGACAUCCCCAUACAGA